CAGAGACCAUCCUUUCAGAAGACGAUCUUCUUCCUUCAAUAUCUUGUUGGUGUUUUCCUGAUUCAUUUAUUGGAGAAUUCAUUCCGUUCCUGCGUUCUUCAGACACUUCUUCCCGAUCCCUCGUUUGCUACGAUUGAGGUCAUCCAUCCACUCCGAGGAUCAAGAGUGAUUUAUUUUCUUCACAAGUUUUAGUUAGACUUUAUUCCAGGACGUUUAAUUUUAUUCUGUUUACUUAUUUAGUUUAUAUGCAUCAAAGAAGAGGAAGUAAUGCUCCUGGUUAUACCUUAUAUCACCUGUGCUGGCCUCUGAUUGGCUACCUGUUACCUACCUAUUUGCAUAUUUAACGUUUUUUUCUGUAUUCCUUAUGUUAUUCAUUGCUGCUAUAUCUUCUGAGUAGUAAAGAAGAGAUGCAAAAUGUUCGCCUCCUGUCUUUAAUAAAAUCCAUAUUUUCCGUCAUUAGGACUAGGAAAAUCUCAAAUUAUGCAGUACAAUCCUUCCAAAGUAUUCAAGCCCCGAAUGUCAUAACCCCUAGCAACAUGUCAUACUAGUGAACUUAUUCCUGUACCAUUAUUUCCAUAUUCAAGAGUAUACAUAUAAGCCUAUAUUAGACAUAACCCCUAGUAGCAUAAAAUCAAAGAUAUUUGUAUGACAUACCUUCAAACUAACACACUUCGCUCCUAAGCACCAUAACGCCUAGUAACAUAGAAUCAAAAGGUAUUUGUAUCACAUGUUCUUGUGUUCAUUGGGUUAUACAAACAAACAUAUAGGUUUUCUCAGGUCCUGAUUGCCGUCACCCCUAACAACCUAUAGUAUUGUAUAUCACAAUCCUUCUAUAUCAUACAAUUCUAUGUUUAAUGUAUCCCAGUAAUGUUCUUAGGGAAUAAUGAAAGUAGUGUUAGCAAAAACAUAGUACAUUCAACUCCUAUACUUCGUGACCCCUAACCAACCUAAUCACACUUAAAUUUAUAAGUUCAAUCACGGCAACAGUGCCAUAACCAAUAGCAACAUAUAGUGUUAUAUAGUGCAUUGUUUCUAUCCAAAACCUAGAGAUGAGAUACCUAAAAAUAAAAUGUGCUUAAUUCUUGUGUGUCAUACCCCCUAACAGCGUGUAUGAUCCUACAUGACACACUAUCUCUGUGACACAUACUUCUAUCUCCAAGUUAUCUCAAUAUUGCACAUAAUAAUGAAUAGCCGUCCAUCACACUACUCCACAAACCUCAUUCAUACUUCUUCCAUACAUCGAAUACCCGGUACCGUCCAUCAGGAGUCUUGCUUAUUUACGCCAUAGUUUUAUUGUUACAGUAAAUUAAUUCUCUCCAAAAAAUAUAUACUUAACUAUGUAGAAUAACAUUAUUUGUCUUUGUUGGAUGAGAGGAUCAAAUAUAUUGUGGCACUCACGACGCACAGAAAUGGGGGAAGCACAUGAGCAGCACAAUUUUAAAAGCUAAUAAUUAGUAAUCAAUUAGGAAUAUAGGCAGAAAGAACAGUUCUCCUCAAAAAAUGUACACAUACUCCAAUUUUAGUAUAGGCAAAGCAUCCCAGCUCUCCACUCAAAGAGAGCUUAAUGUGGUGUCCCGGUACCGUAUUGCAUACCGUACCUUGUAUGGUGGUCCCCAAAGUCAGAGUUACUACGUUCAGGUCUCCAUGAAGCUGCAGUGGAAUGGUGUCUCACCCUGCUGUUCAUCCAGUUCAAUCACUAUUGGUUUGACUGGUUUGUUUUGAUGGUUCAUCCACAAAAAGCUGGAGAGUCUUUAAAAAUGAGGGAGACCAUGGAGAUGAACCCAGGAUGUCUUCAGGAAAAUGGUCUCUCUCAGAUCCUCACAUUAGUUCUUGAAGAGCUGGGACUUUUCUACCACACAGAUGUUAAUGGAAUUGAAGUAUUAUACAGUUUGCUCCAGGCCCCAUGGCUGCAGUCUUUACUUAAGGUACAUGAUUGUCUGCACCAAUAUAUAAGGAAGAGGCCUGCCCCUGUUGUACCAAAGGCUCGUGCUUUAAGCAGUGAGGUUGUAGACGUGUUGCGUGAGUCCCCUUCUUCAGCUGACUCUCGUGAAUUAAGGCGUCUUCUGCGAGGCCCCCAUAUCAAGGCGCUGCUAUCUGCCCAUGAUAUUGUGGCACAGAAAGAUUUUGAGCCCAUUCUUCCUCCACUACCAGAAAACAUCCCUGAGAAUGAGGAAGCGAUGAGGAUUGUGUGCCUGGUGAAAAACAAGCAGCCUCUGGGAGCUACGAUUAAACGUCAUGAAAUCACAGGUGACAUCAUAGUUGCCAGAGUAAUCCAUGGUGGCCUUGCAGAUAGAAGUGGUCUGCUGUAUGCUGGGGACAAGCUGGUGGAAGUAAAUGGGAUUCCUGUGGAUGGACUGGAGCCUGAACAAGUUAUACAAAUACUGGUUCAUUCUGAUGGAACAAUCAUAUUUAAACUCAUACCCAUUGGUGAUCGUACAGUCAGCAGUCACACAAUGCUGUUUGUCAGAGCAAUGGCAGAUUACUGGCCUCAGCAGGAUCCCGUCAUACCUUGUGCAGACGCUGGCCUGCCUUUUAAAAGAGGAGAAAUCCUUCAAAUAGUUGACCAGAGUGACUCUAUGUGGUGGCAAGCAAGAAAAGCUUCAGAUCUCAGCGGGUGCGCCGGCCUAAUCCCAUCCAACCACUUACUUAAGAGGAAACAACGGGAAUUCUGGUGGUCUCAGCCAUUCAUGUCUCACUCUUGUCUUAAAGCAUCCCAGUUGAGCACAAUUGGGGAAGAGGAAGACAUGAAGAUUGAUGAGAAAUGCGUAGAAGCUGAUGAGGAAACAUUUGAAUCAGAGGAAUUAAAAGGAGAAGAGGAAGAAUAUGGCAGUGAUGGACAGCCGUAUGCUAUUGCUGGUUUUCGGAGAAGUAUGCGCCUUUGCCGAAGAAAGUCUCACAGCACCCAAAAUACCUGUUACUCUAGAUGUCCAAGUAGCUGUUUUCACACUUUAGCUGCUCCUUAUGAAGAGGUUGUAAGAUAUCAGAGAAGGCCCUGCGAUCGUCAUAGACUUAUUGUUCUAAUAGGACCUUCUGGAGUUGGUGUUAAUGAAAUAAGAAAACAGCUUAUUCGACUAAAUCCCAAUAUGUUUUACAGCCCUGUACCACACACUACUCGUCACAAGAAAAGCUAUGAAGAGACCGGCCGAGAAUAUUUCUUUGUAUCUAAAGAGACAUUUGAAAGUUUGAUAUACAGCCACAGUUUCCUGGAGUAUGGAGAAUACAAAGGGCAUAUGUAUGGUACCAGUGUGGACACAGUGAAAGAAGUACUGGAUGCUGGUAAAAUAUGCAUAAUUGACCUGGAGCCACAGGGUGUUACAGGCGCUCGAACACAUGAACUUAAGCCAUAUGUAAUAUUUAUAAAACCACCGAGCCGAAACUGCAUGAGGCAGACAAGGAGAAACGCCAGCAUCCUCACCAAUUACUAUGUGGACCAGAAGUAUAAGGAGGAAGACUUUCAGGAAAUAGAAGAAUCUGCAAAGAAGAUAGAAGAGCAAUAUAGCCAGUUUAUUGACCAAGUGUUGGUGAAUGAUGAUCUGCAGUCUGCUACAGUCCAGCUCCUGUCCAUUGUCCGCCGUGCUCAGGAUGAGCCACAAUGGAUCCCUGCGUCUUGGAUUUGUUCAGAUUCAUAAAUAUUUUACAGAUGAGAUUACUUACUCAAAGACUUAUAUGAUUCUUGUCAGCCCAUAAAAAUGAAUAUUGGCUGAUCUGUAUAGGGCUAUCCUGACUCUCCCCAACAGCAGAUGUUGUGGUAAAAAAGGAACUGGAUAGGUUUGCCUUCAACAAGCCAGAUUCUUUCAGGAGAAAAUAAGCCAACACCAAAGUGGUCUGCCAUUGGCUUAGUACCUUAAACCAGGCAUGCAUGUUUAUGGGGUAGGAUGAGGAAGAAUAGCGGUCUACACAGCCACUCUUCACUACCUUAUAGAACAAUGAAGGAAGACUGCGGUACCUAACAUACUAUUUUACAUUUUGAGUAGAUAUAAAAGUUGAGCUACUACAAUUCUAGCAUAUUUAACAAUCUUACAUACCAGACAGCUAACAGAUUCAGUUUAGCCAUUUUUUUCCCUUUCUUAUACUUAGUAUUCUAGAAAGAUAUUUCUUAAAGAGUAUGUUUUUUUCUUUUUGUCAAACUGAGAUCUUGCAAAAUGUGGUGUGGAAGCAGCCUUGAACAGAUGCAGCAAUCCAGUGUUUUUCCUACAUGUAUUUGUCCCAGGUCAUGUAAUGUGCAAUAAACAAUAAUGGAGCAUGGUCCUGUGUCAUUCCAGCUGCUUAUGUCGUAGCAGAGCAAAGGAGAGGUUGCUGUAUUUGUAUGGGACCUGUAACUAGUCAGGCAUUCAUAGCAUCCUGCUAAUAUAGCGUUAGCAUACAUGAUCAGAAAAGAGAUUUGGGGGGAAAUUUAUCAAUUUAUUUGUACUUUGCACAAAAAAAUUGCACACUAGUUUUCUGGUGGAAGCAUUGAUACAUUGACACUUUAGUUUUCCAGAUUUAUACUGGAUCUGCCAUGUCAUACUGGUUGGGCCAUACUGCUGAGACAAAAAAAAACAAUUUCCCAGUCGCUCCUCAGUGGGGGACAC